UGCGUGCAUGUCCUCCUUUCCUUCCUUCGACACGCGUUACCAGGCCCCGCUGCUGCUAUCGGUGCGCACCGGAAUUCCAACAGCGUCGCAGACUUUUACCCGAUUCGCAACCGUCCGCAACGCUACCACCGUGAUCCGAUUGUUCUCGAGCCGGCUCGCGGCCCCGUCUACCGCGUGAACCACGAUUUGAACCCUCGUCGCGUCCCAGUGUGCACCCAGUCGCGGAUCACGUGACGACCGCGACCUACUGCAAGGGAAAAGGCGUCGGAGAAGAGUUUCAACGGACAAUUGAAUACGUCGGCUUCUCGGUUCUCCGGAUUCACCGUGGGUGGACCGUGUGAUCGAUAGCGCGACGAGGCGGUGACGGCGAAUGGUUUGUCGUCAAGAGCUCUGAUGUGACGCCGUUCGUGAGAGGGUGGUGGGCCGCGUGAACGGGCAAAAUGAGGGGCGGCAGUGGCGAAGUCCCUACUAUGGUCACCGUACCCGCCUCCACGUCUCUUAACAUCAUGACAGCCGACGACAGUAUGAGCGACGACGUGUUCGAGGUGGAGGACGACGCUUCUAUGGCGAUAUCGAAUUGUUUAACACCGGGUAGCAUCAGCCAACCCUUAACGACGACACCGUCACCAACUGGGUAUCCGGACUACAAGCCACCAGCGGAAGUGUUCGCCGAAAACUAUGGUUACCCCACGCGGAACUUCGAUAAUGUUAGGAGCUGCCUGAAGAGGACCAAUGAAGAAGAUUCAGGCUUGACGCAUAAGACAAUCCUCCUAGGAGACAGCGGGGUUGGGAAGACGUCCCUGUUGGUCCAGUUCGACAUCGGGAAAUUCCAACCGGGAAACUUCGCGGCCACGGUCGGCAUCGGGUUCACGAAUAAAGUCGUCGUCGUCGAUGACACUUCUGUUAAACUUCAAAUUUGGGACACGGCCGGCCAGGAGAGAUUUCGGAGCGUGACGCACGCCUAUUACAGAGACGCCCAUGCUCUUUUAUUGCUGUACGACGUGACGAACAAGACGAGUUACGACAACAUCAGAGCCUGGCUGAGCGAAAUCCGGGAACACGCGAACGAGGACGUGGUGAUCAUGCUGCUGGGUAACAAGUCCGAUUGUGGACCGGAACGAGUAGUGAAGAGGGAAGACGGUGAACGAUUGGCGCAAGAGUACAAAGUCCCCUUUAUGGAAACUUCAGCUAAAACCGGCCUGAACGUUGAACUAGCUUUCUUGGCCGUCGCUAGAGACCUGAAGGCAAAAAAGAGCAGCAACCCGGAUGACACCAAGUUCAACGUGCAGGACUACGUUCGUCAGCAAUCGCAACGGACUUCCUGCUUCACGUCCAAUUGCUUGACGACUUGAAUCGCGUGUUAAGAACAUGCGCACACUUCUUUACGAUAAAUUAGGCGAAUGGUGGAACACGAACCGGAAUUUGUUGGCUGUGCAACGGCCAAGAAGAGAUGUAGACUUCCGUCUACUCGACCACGUAAUCAAGAAUAGUCCAGUAGAAAAAACGGCCGCCGAAGUAACAAUUCAUCACAAAUCGCGCAUAAAAUUUUCAUUUGCGUAACUUACAUUUUGAACUCGAGUAUUAGAAUUUCAGACUGAACUGUUCUCGAUUUGAAUGUCAAAUGGGCUGUUUAGAUCUAUUCUUAGGGAAAUUUCCAAACGUCAGAAACGGGUUCGUUCCACCAGAAUGGUAUGUACCCUCGUUGAUGUUGAGAGCAUAUAAAUGAAAGAUACACAUGUAAAUGGAAGAGGAUUAUCGAUAUUUUUUAAAGCAGCAGGCAACAGUUGUUGAUGAUUCGUGUAUAGAAAUCUAUUUAUCGAUGGUUAAAAUCGUGUACUGUACAUUAAUGUGAUAGUCGACACGGGAUAAACAUAGAUUUAGGUAACGUCUCGAUGGUUCUAAUUCGCACACUACCGUCACGGUGUUAAUGGAAGUUGAAAUAAAGUUCAAGUACGAUAAAGAGUUCAAAUAUCGAAAAUUUAAUGAAAUGUCGCGCUCGAAAGCUCGUCGUUGUACCAAGUAGAAUGACGGUUUUAGAGGCAAUCGUCAUGUAGAAGAGCUUUUCAAAAAAUGUUCCAUAGCUGCCAUGUAUACGAUACACUGGACGAGAACGCUCAAGAACUUUUAGUUGCUUUUUCCUGUAGCUUAGAUCUCCCGUCCAUAAGUCUUAAUCUCCUACUAAACUAUUAAGCUUUAGCAAACUCUGAAUUCUUUAGAAAACCCUCUAAUUUAAUAUUUUCAUUGAAUAAAAUAUCAAAUUUCGUUUUAAAUCUAUAAUACAUCUUCUAUUAAAUAUUCAAGUCUUAUGGACAGGACUGCACAUAGAGUUACAUAUAUAAGUCUUUUAAUCUGAAUUAGUUAGAGAAAAUUGUUUAUGGGAUUUUAUAUAAUUGUCACAUUUCCAAAUUCUAUUCGAUUUCUAAUUAGACAAACUCGUGUGUACGUGUAGCUUGUCUGAUUCAUUAGCGACCACGUUUCUGUAACAUUUUCUACGUAGUGGUCCACGAUGGUCUCGAUCAUCCCGAAUUUACAUUUUGUAUACCAUAUUUACUUUUAUAACCGUAAGACGAUAAUUUGCUACCGAUAUUUACGAAAUUAAAUAAACGUUGGCUAUAUGAUUUGAUCGAAUUGCGGCUACAAAUCUUUGCGAGCAAUCAAAAACAAAUCGAACGAGAUUUAAUCAUUUACGUUACCUGCAGUAUAUGUACAAUGUAUUCUAUCGACAUGUACAAACAACAAGGUUACAUGUUAAAUAUAUGUAUAUUGAGAAGUAUAUAUAUAUAUGAUUAUAAAAUAAACAAUCACUUGACCAAGCAA